UUCCAGUGUACGAGUACAUUCCAAAUUUUACUGAUUAGCAUCAGUGUCUUCGCUUCGUCGCUCUGCAUACUGUCGUUACAUUAUCUCAUUCACUUCCUCCAAUACUUGGCGUCACCGUUUUAGUAAAUCAUGGGAAUAUGUAAGGUCAUAUUUUUCGCUAUUCUGUGUGCGGCCAGUGGUCAGCAAUUUCAAAAUUUAUGGGACAUCCUAAAUUCGACCACAUCAAGGACGGAGAUUAUAAAUCUUUCAACCAAUAUUGUGGCUGGACCAUCGCAUCCUACGCUGCUGAAAUUACCGGUUACCACUAAAUUUGCCUGUAAAGAUGUGCCUGGCCCGGGAUACUUUGCGGACAUCGGCACACAAUGUCAGGUUUUCCAUAGGUGUGACGCGAACGCAACCGUGACCAGCUAUUUGUGCCCCAAUAUGACUGCUUUCAAUCCGAUUACACUAGUUUGUGAAAACCUUUCCGAUGUUGAGUGCCAAACGUUUUUUGAGUAUCUCGAUUACUAUACAAUCAACUACGGUGCUCCCCUGUCGCCUGGCGUACAAGUCUUAGUAGGGGGUUCCGGAUCCCCCUCUGCUGCACCUGCACUGGAACCCGCCCCGGGCAAAGUUACUGCCUCGCCCAGCUCCCCGGCACCAGCUGGCAAGGACCCGGUUGAGCCUAUCAAAGUCGAAGGAAAGACCGCGAUUUUCACCAAGAGUGGUCCGGCCGGGCAGCCCUCUUCUGCUACCGCUCAGUCCAACGCAUCAACAAUCACCCGGGCCAAGGAGGAAAUGGUACUGACUAAGGGUAUCACUACAGCCACCGCCGCCGAACCGACUGUCAAGCCGAUACCGGAAUUCAAGGCCCCGGUUCUACCAACUGGAAAGGGCAAAGCACCGGCAGCAGCUGUCCCAAUGACAACCACCAGGAAGACCACUGCGGAGAUGACAACAGAAGAGACAACGGAAGCUGUCUUCGCGGAACCGACCGAUCAGAACACAACGACCCCUGCUGUAAUGUGGGAGUUGUCUUGGUAAAGGUAAAGAUCUGUACCAGUACGGUGCAGAUGUGCAGCUCACAAUUAGCAUAUUUUGUUGUUGUCGCCGCUGCACUAUAAUGAACCACGGGGCACUACAUCUACGUGUCUGUUUUAACUGCACAAUUUAUUUAUCGGGUUAUAUGACCUUUAAAGGUAACCUGAGAAGUGAGAACCAAUGAACCAACAUAAUUUCAUAUCUAGGUUGUA